AAAGUUUCUCUUGAUACUAACGCACGAAUUGGGUACUUUAUAAAUUGGGUCACAAUUUUUAAUGAAAUUAAUGUUACAAACAAAGUUAACGAUUCCUAAUUGUAAACAAACAAAUUUUUGGAAUAUGUUUUGAUUUUUUGAAAAUAAAACUCGCAGAAUUGAUUAAAAUAGAUUAAUAACGAUUAAGCUAUAUCAACUAAAAUGAGUGAUGAGGAAUUCGUUAAAGGCUUCGUUGGCAAACCAUCAAGAAACAAACGAAAGCAUGUAACAUUAACUAUAGAAGAAAAACUUGAGAUCAUUAAUCUUGCUGAAGAAGGAAAACUCUCACGUCAAAAAAUAGCAACAAAGUUUGGUAUUGGAAAGAGUACCGUUCAUGAUAUUUACAAAACAAAAGAUAAAAUUCGAAUGUUUGCAGCAAUGAACGAUUCACCUGAUAUCAGUAAACGACGAAGGGUUGCUCCUAAAUUUAACGCCUUUCUCCAUGAAAAUAUGAAGGAAACAAUAGAAGGCAAAUUCAAAGAAGAAGAAGAAGAAGAAGAGGUAAUUUCUAUGGAAGAAUUUCCAUAUCAGGACUAUGAAGUUGUGUAUGAUCCGGCACUUCCUAGUUUUAAUGCAACAAUCUUCGAAAAACCAAAAGAUAAAUCCAAGGAAUUUUGUAACGAAAAAUUAGAUGCCAAGAAAAAGAUUACAACACUAACAAUUCGCGAGAAGCUGGAAGUCAUUCAGCAAGUGGAAGCUGGCACGUUAAUAUCAAAAGUCUGCGAAAUUUACAAUAUUGGAAGAACGACUGUCUACGAUAUUAUUAAGAGAAAGCAACAAAUUAUCGAAUAUCUUGAAAAGUCUAAUGACAGUCAUAGACGAACUUUCAAAAAAUCAAAAUAUCCCGAAGUUGAGGAGAUGAUGUUAAAAUGGUGUGAGAAUCAAGAAAGCUUUACAAAGCAAUCAUUCUACGAUCAAGCUAAAUUGGAGUUUGAUAAUGCUCGAGCCAAAGGUAACACUUUAAGCCCUAGUGGAUUCUGUGGAAGUUGGUCAUGGGCCAAACGAUUCUUUUGCCGACAUCCUCAAUAUAAAUGGAAACUUCUGUCAGCAUCAGGAGAACCAAUUGAUCCAUUAGAACUUGAAAUUCAUAGUGAAGAGAAUGUGAAGGAAAAUUUACAAAAAUCAGAGAUAAAGGAAGAAGAUGAAUCAUCACAGAUUGAUAAUCAAAAAUCAAAAGGAAAUAAAUUCUUAACAUCUUCCGAAAAACUCGAAGUAUUGAAUCAGAUCGAUUCUGGCAAGCCUGUCCCAAACAUAGCAGAAGAGUUUGGUGUAUCUAGAACAACAAUCUAUGAUAUCUUCAAACGACGUGUUGAAUUGCGAGAGAGAAAACUAACAAAGUCAAAUGCUCAACAAAAGAUUGUAAAAUUACCGAAAUAUCCAAAAUUAGAACAAGAGCUUCUCGACUGGUGUCUUCAGCAAAACUCAUAUCCAUUAAGUAAUGUUUUGAUUGCUGAUAAAGCUCUCUGUCUCUUUGAUACUUUAGAACUCUCUGGGAAUUUCAAACCUUCAUCAACAUGGGCCAAAAAGUUUGUUUUAAGACAUCCCGAGUUACAUAAAAAGCAAGGAAUCGUCAUUGAUGAAGAUGAUUCGGAAUCGGAAUAUAAAAUCAGUGAAAUUGAAGAGAAUGCAAAUGAAGAUUAUUUUUUAAAGGAAGAAAUUGAAGACGAACAUCACUUAGAUUCAUUUGAAGAUGUUGAACAUGAAAUGCAUGCUGAUUUUCAAGAGGAAGACAUUGGAGAAGAAGAAUAUAUUUACGAGCAACUUGAUGAACUCGAAGAUAAUCAUGAAGAUCAUGAAGUCCAAAGAGAAAUUCCCGUUGAAUUAUUUGAAACUUCACCACGAAAAGAUUUAAAUGAUUUAAAGCCAGAAGUACGUAAACAACAAUUAUUUCAAAUUCCUGAUGAAAUUGCUAUGAAAAGUUUGAAAAUUCUCAUAAAAUAUUCUGAGCAGCAAGGACACACGUACAUGCUUUCAUGCUUAACAGACUUUGAAAGACAACUCAAAGGUGAUGUCACAUAA